AUGAUAGCCAAAAUUGGAAUAAUAUUUAUAAUUACAAUAUUAACUAUUAAUGCAGAAUAUGUUAAUUACAAAAACUAUAAAGUUUACAAAGUAACACCAACAACAGAUGAUGAAGUGAAAAUCCUGAGUGAGUUAAAAGAUCAAAAUGGAUACAUGUUUUGGUUAGAGUAUGUUAAAAAAGGCCAUGAAGCAAAAAUCAUGGUAGAACCAAAAAAGCAAAAUACCUUUGAAAGAUAUUUAGCAGAUAGAAAAAUUAAGAGUGAAUUGAUCAUUGAGGAUGUUGAACGUGUUAUCAAUAACCAGCGUAGACGUCCAGCUGCUCGAUCAUCAGAACCCUACAAAUGGGAUUACUAUCAAACCUGGGAAGAAAUUGAAGCAUGGAUGGAACAAAUCGUAGAAGAAUACCCAGAUGUAGCAUCAAUAGUUACAGCUGGCCUGAGUGUUGAAGGACGCCUGAUUAGAGGAAUUAAAAUCGAUUACAAGAAACGCGAAAGACCAGUCAUGGGUAUGAUUGAAUCUGCACUCCAUGCUAGAGAAUGGAUUACACCAGCAACAGCGACCUGGAUUAUAAAUGAGUUUCUAACAAGCAAUGAUCCUGAUGUUAGAACUUUGGCUGAAAACGUUGAAUGGCACAUCUUUCCAGUAACCAAUCCAGAUGGUUAUGUGUAUUCUUUCACAGAUAAUAGAAUGUGGAGAAAGAACCGUAACAAAUCGAGUUUCACGAACUGUAGCCAAUGGAAUCUUAAUGACGAUAUCAGCAAUGGAGUUGACUUAAACAGGAAUUUUGGAUAUUUAUGGAUGGUAAUAGGAGCUUCGCAAAACCCGUGCGCUGAAACUUACGCGGGAAAAUAUGCCUUUUCUGAACCUGAAGCUAUGGCAAUUGCCAAUUACGUCACAGGACUACAAAGGAGAGGAAAUUUGGUGUAUUAUUUCGCUUUUCACUCGUAUUCCCAGAUGAUUCUAGUACCAUACAGUCAUGUAGGAGGAGCUGAUGUUGUAAACGUACCUCAUUAUGGAGAUAUGUUUGAAAUAGCUGUAAAAGGGGCAGAGAAGUUGACGCAGCGUCACAACACGUCGUAUGCUGUUGGGACUUCUUUAGAUAUUUUAUAUCCAGUAACUGGAUCAGCAUUUGACUGGGUAAAGGGAGGUGCACAUGUGCCCAUCGUGCUUUUAUAUGAACUGCGCGAUGUCGGAGAAUACGGUUUCCUUCUACCACCAGAACAAAUUAUACCAAACAACGAAGAAGUAAUGGACUCAUUAGUUGAAAUUGAGAAAGUAACAAGAGCACUAGGCUACUAUGGCCAUAGUUCUGCCAAUGUGAUAAAAAUUAGCAGUGUUCUAGUAGCUAUAGCUUUAAUGUUCAAUUUGUAAGAUCAUGUUCAUAAUAAACUACUUACAAAUUC